UUUUUUUUUUUUUUUUUUGGGCAGUCUCCUCCGUCCUUCCUGGCUGAACUGCACUACGAUGUCCAUAGCCAAGUUCCAGGCGGAGUGGGAAGCCCUCGACGAGGAAUAUCAACAAUUGCAAGAAACUCACAAACUCUACAGGCAGAAACUUGAAGAGUUGACCAAUCUUCAGACGACGUGCAGCAACGCCAUCAGCAAACAGAGAAAAUGUCUCAAAGACCUUCAGCGCAGUUUGAGCAGGUGCGCGCAAGCCCGCGACGAAAACCAGAUGCAAGUCAUAACGGACAUCCAAACGCAAAUCAAGGAGAAGGAGAAUGUGUUCUUCGACAUGGAGGCCUAUUUACCAAAGAAAAAUGGGCUGUAUCUGAACCUGGUGCUGGGCAACGUCAACGUGACUCUUCUUAGCAACCAGGCCAAGUUCGCUUACAAGGACGAGUAUGAGAAGUUCAAGCUGUACAUGACCAUCAUCCUCAUGUUUGGCGCCAUCACCUGCCUCUUCUUCCUCAACUAUCGCGUGACGGAUGAAAUCUUCAACUUCCUGCUGGUGUGGUAUUAUUGUACGUUAACUAUAAGGGAAAGCAUCCUCAUGACCAACGGCUCCAGGAUUAAAGGGUGGUGGGUCUCUCAUCAUUACGUGUCCACCUUCCUGUCCGGUGUGAUGCUCACCUGGCCAGAGGGACCCAUGUAUCAAAAGUUCAGAAGUCAGUUCCUUGCCUUUUCCAUCUAUCAAAGUUUUGUCCAGUUCCUCCAGUACUAUUAUCAAAGUGGCUGCCUGUACAGGCUUCGGGCUCUGGGAGAGAGAAACCAGUUGGACCUCACAGUGGAGGGAUUUCAGUCCUGGAUGUGGAGAGGCCUCACCUUUCUUUUGCCCUUCCUCUUUUUUGGUCAUUUUUGGCAGCUGUAUAAUUCAGUCACCCUGUUUCGCUUGGGGGGACAUGAGGACUGCAAGGAGUGGCAGGUAUUUAUGCUGGCACUGACCUUUCUGGUCCUGUUCCUGGGCAACAUCCUCACCACGUUAAAGGUGGUCCGGCAAAAAGUGAAGAAGAACCGGGAAAAUGUGACAAAAAGUGACUGAAGGGACUUUUUUUUUUUUUUUCUUUUCUUUUUUUUUUGGGGGGACUGGAGUUUCUGAGGACACGGACUGAGCCCGCACAUCCAUCCCACGCUGAAGGAAAAGUGCAAUUCUCUUCUCUCAGGUGUUGGUAGCGGCGUUCCGGGCCGACCGCGCGAUGAUUUUGUUGGUUUUUUGUGUCCAUGCUGCUACGGCCGUCCCUCACCGAUGUCCACUUUCUGCUGAAUCCUGCAUCAAAACAAGGGGAACGACGUCAAAGUGUUUAUCAGGAUCAUAUGCAACCAACCGCAAACAUCGGCAGAUCUUGGACCGCCGAAAAGUCUCGUCAUGCAGCUUCAUAACUUCUGUGAAGUAGUUCCCGCCGGUCAUGCGUCUUAUUUCACUAGAUCGCUCUUUUUAGAAGUACGGAAAGGUAGCGUUCAAAAAGCACGCAGGGACCGUCCUCAAAUGUUCCGGCACAUGUAGUUGAAGGGAUGAGCACCACACUUGAAUUUGUUCGAAGGAAAAAAUAUAUCUUAUCAUGUUGCACUAUUGUUUUGGGAUCAAAUUGCUGGUAUUGGUACUACACUUCAUUCAACACGGUCAUGUGGAACCACAGAGGGGUGCAAGUGGGACGAUACCAAGCCAUAGAUUAAAUAUUUGUAUUAACUUAAGCACAUGUCUUGUCAUUCCUGAUAUUAUUAUGGAAUUCACUGGAAUACACUCUCUCACUCACUCAAUGUUUACUUAUAUAGC